UGCAAUAGCCUGUAAAUUCCUUUUUUAUACCCCCAAAAGCCCAAAAUGGCGAUAACAAACUGAGCCCAAAAGCCUAAUCCCAGAUGCAGCACUGCAGGUGAUUGAAGGCACAAAGUUCACAGAAAAUAGCGCGCUGAAUAGUGUGCAUCGGUUCAGACUUCAGAGCAUAUGAAAUACUGCAAAUUUUCCCUCGUCUGUGACGCUAAGGAAAAAUCGACCUAGAUUUAUUUUAUUGGUGCAGGGAAUAGAGGGUACAUAUCCCUUCCACUCUGUCGAAAACACAUCUCCCCAAAUUUGAAAAGCAUGAUGCCCAUCACAUGUGAAAGCUCAAUUGUUUCCCCUCUUCUCCUGUCACGAGUAUGUCAGGCUAAGACGGACCCAACAAGAGCCCUUCUGUUAGGGAAUAAAUUCUCAACAAUGGCAGUAACUGCCUUGCCGAAGACAAGUUGUAUCCAAUGCACGAUUGUCCGAUCCAAAUUUAGCCACAAAAGUGGUGGUCCCAUGGAGAAAAAAGGGAAGAAGACAACAGGAAAGAAAGAGCACCACUUGUGGAAAAGUAGAGAUUCUGCUCAGUCUGGCCAAAAGGCACUUGCUCUUGUUAGAACUGUUUAUAAACUCCCUAAUGAGAAAGAGGCUGUUUAUGGGGCGUUAGACAAAUGGACAGCUUGGGAAACAGAGUUCCCUGUGAUUGCAGUGUCUAAGGCUUUAAAAAUCUUAAGGAAAAGGGGUCACUGGGUUCGUGUAAUUCAAGUAGCUAAGUGGAUGUUAAGCAAAGGUCAAGGAGCAACGAUGGGAACAUAUGACACCCUUCUUCUGGCAUUUGAUAUGGACAAGAGGGUAGACGAGGCAGAAUCGUUGUGGAAUAUGAUCAUACAUGCCCACAUGCGCUCUGUCUCAAAAAGAUUGUUUUCUAGGAUGAUCUCGUUAUAUGAUCAUCAUAAUAUGCCGGAUAAGAUUAUUGAUGUAUUUGCAGACAUGGAGGAGUUGCGGCUAAAACCUGAUGAAGAUACGGUCAGGAGAGUGGCAAGAGCUUUUAGAGAACUAGGUGACGAAGAGAAGCGGAAACUGGUUAUAAAACAAUAUGGGCUUAAAUGGAAGUACAUUCACUUCAAUGGUGAACGGGUGAGAGUUAGAACAGAAGCAUGGGAAGAUAAUAAAUCAACAAAUUGAAAUGGGUAAAUGAGUACAUGUCAAUGAGGACACCACUAGAUCUUAAUAUCUGGGAUCUGCCGUUUCGAAGCGAUUUAUCUUGUUGCGUUCUCCUUCUGGUGCAUUAGUGGCUCACCAAUUUGAUUCAUUGUCGUGCAUCCCGGUCCAACAUAGCUACUGAUCAAUCAGAGGCACUACAUUGAGGGAAAUGGGUGCACCCUAAAUUGAAAAACGACAAUGUUGUAGCGUAUAGAUACUUAGAUAGGCAUUUAUUUCAGAGCAAAAUUUGUUAAUGUAUAAGAUUUGAUGUCUACACUCGAAACUAGUUUUCUAGCUAAGUUCUGCCUGUAUUAAUUAUGCGUUUAGGGAUAUUCCUUAUACUGGAUCAACCUAAUGAGCCUGACAAAUUGAAUCAUGAAUUGUUUUGUGUUCA